GAAGCACCUUGGAUCGCCCCAAAACCAUCCGAGCAGCUGGUUUUCCCCAAUUUCAAACCAUAUUUCGACAACUCAAAAUAUUUUGCACAGUUUCGUAUCUGCAACCUCUAUCCAUUUAAUUUAUUACAAGCCAAAGAUAAAAAAAUUUCCCGAAAUACCACCGUUAACAAUCGUUUUCUGGCAUUGCGUCCAAUGUUUCUGUUCGACUAUGAUCAGCGCUUCAUCUAACCUUUUCAUCUCUUGACUUCCCGAAUGUUUUUGCUCCGAUUUUUCUGUGCCUUCGGUGGCGAAAACCGUCCGAGGGCCAUUGGGUAUGUGAAGAUUUCCGGCUUUUUCUUUUGAGUGAUCGUGAUUUUCCACUUCUGAUUGCAUGGGCGAUCUUCAAGUUUGGUCGCCACAGCCACACGGCGUCUUAAACGAAGAUGGUUCGUGCCUCUCCUCGUUGUCUAUGUCGUCGUCGUCGUCGUCGUCGUCUUCAUGUAAUCCAAAUCCAUUGUCAAUUGGUGAAGAAAACUGGAUAAAAGCCGAGCAGAAGACCCAUGAGAUUUUUUGCCGGAUUCAGCCUACUGUAGUUUCUGAGCAGAGGAGGAAGGAAGUAAUCGAUUAUGUACAGAGACUGAUUAGAAAUUACCUUGGAAGCGAGGUCUUCCCAUUUGGUUCUGUGCCGCUGAAAACCUAUCUUCCUGACGGAGAUAUUGAUUUGACUGCCGUUAGCAGUCAAAAUACUGAAGACGCUUUGGCAAAUGACGUUCAUGAUGUUCUUGAAGUAGAAGAGCGGAAUGAGGCUGCUGAGUUCGAAGUAAAGGAUGUUCAAUACAUUCAUGCUGAGGUUAAACUCGUCAAAUGCCUUGUACAGAAUAUUGUAGUAGACAUCUCUUUCAAUCAAAUCGGAGGACUCUGUACAUUAUGCUUUCUUGAGCAGAUUGAUGAUCUUAUUGGCAAGGACCAUCUCUUUAAACGCAGUAUUAUACUGAUUAAAGCUUGGUGCUAUUAUGAGAGCCGCAUUCUUGGUGCUCAUCAUGGUCUAAUUUCUACAUAUGCUCUUGAAAUAUUGGUCUUUUAUAUCUUCCAUCUAUUUCAUUCGUCCUUAAAUGGCCCCCUAGUGGUUCUAUACAGAUUUUUGGACUACUACAGCAAGUUUGAUUGGGAUAACUACUGUAUCAGUUUAAAUGGUCCAGUCUGCAUAUCUUCUCUGCCUGAAAUAGUGGUUGAGACACCUGAUAAUGGUGGGGCUGGCUUGUUGCUUGGUAAAGAAUUUUUAAAGAAAUGUGUGGACUUGUAUUCAGCGCCACCAAGAGGGUUUGAGACCAACUCACGGGCAUUUCCCCAGAAGCAUCUUAACAUCAUUGAUCCCUUGAAAGAAAAUAACAACCUUGGCCGUAGUGUCAGCAAAGGCAAUUUCUAUCGCAUACGUAGUGCCUUCACAUAUGGGGCCCGAAAGCUUGGUCGGGUCCUUCUGCUACCAGGAGAAAGUUUAGAGAGUGAACUCAACAAGUUUUUCAUGAACACCUUGGAUAGGCAUGGAAGUGGACAGAGGCCAGAUGUACAGGACUCUCUCCCAACUUUUGAUGCUAAUGGGCCUGGUCCUGCAUGCUCGGAGUUAGCUAUUGAGAAAGGCAGAGAAGAUACUAUAAUUCUGGAAUCAUCAUCAGUUGGUUCCAUUGCGUCAGUGGGGGAAUCAAACAUUGAUAAUAUGGGAACUGUUCGUGAGGAAAUCACUAACAUCAAGACAUCGGAGAUGGAAACAAAUCCUGGAAUGCAAAUUGCAACUGAGCCACAAAGAUAUCCAAUCAAAGUGGCUCCCUCUCCAAUGGCAUUGGACUCGGAUGGUUUUGCAUCUGGAAAUUCUGUUUCAGGAAAUCGUCUGGCUGGGGAUGCAAAAGAUCUUGCUACCUCCAGAAUUCAAGGUCUGAGAAACACAAGCGAGACCUCUAAAUCUAUGUCUCCAAGUAGUGAGACUGGUGGUUCACCAUUUGGAAAAGCACAUCAUGCACCUCAUCUCAGAUUCUCUCGCUCAUCUCCAAAAAGUGGGAAGCCUGUAAAUGGAAAUUCUGAACGAACAAAGCCAUUAAAUUCUUGUAGCCCCAAGGUGUCUUCUUGGCUACCUUUUUUUCCUGAUGAAGAGAAGAGCUUCAGUUUACAGCAAGAGGGGAGUGAGACAGUCACUAAUAGUUCAUGCUACUCAUUUAGUAAUCCUGAAGAUACAACUUCUGUUGGCUCAGCAAAUGAUAUUCUAUUUGUGAACUCAAUUGUUUAUCCCUUGGAAGAUUUGUCACUUGGAUGCAGGGUUAUAGAUACAACUGGCACUGCUGGAAGCACUGAAACUGUGGGUUCUUUGGCAGAUCUUAGUGGUGACAUCGAGAGUCACUUCAGAAGUCUCCAAUAUGGUCGGUUGUGCACUAUUAUGCCAUUUCCUCCAUCUUCUUACCAGAAUAAGCAUGGUUGGGAACCCUUUCAUCAGUCUCUGCAGUUUAAGCGAAACAUGUUUCCUUAUCCUAAUGCCAAUGGUGCUGUCCCAGGACCAACAUUCUACCCUGGGAACCCUCACGUGGUGUCUGGUGGUGCUUUUGGUGCUGAAGCGCCUAAACCACGGGGAACUGGCACAUACAUUCCUAUCACGAACCAUGGUUCGUACAGGGACAGACCCUCCAUGGGGAGGGGAAAGAAUACAACUCCAGUGUCCCUUGGUCAGUUGCAGAGAGCAUCUCGUAACAAUGAUGGGGCUGCAGCACCGCCUGAGACAAACUUAGUUGAAAAAGGCACUCAGGAGCAGUUGCAGGUACAAAUCCCGAUUUUUCCUGGACGUGGGAAGCCUGAAUCACUGGAAUUUAUCCAGUCAGGUCACCCCACUAUUAAAGGGUUCUCCCAUCCCAAUGGGUUCUCUGUCCCUUCUGAGAAGCCUGAAUUUGGAUCUUUUGGGAAACUGCCAUUGGGUACACGCUUGCCAGAUGUGAGCAGGCAGCAGCUAGACCCUGGCUCUCCAAACACUCGGGGAUCAGUUUCAAGCCUCCGAUCACCCACAGUGCAGAGACUGAGACCGUCAUUGAGUAUGAAUCAGGAAAGGAUUGCAGUACAGUCAUACCAUCUGAAAGAUGAUGAUGAUUUCCCCCCUUUGACCAUUUGAUAGCAGUGGGAACUGGGAAGGAAAUAGUUAUGUAUAGAUAAAGGAUGAAAAGACAGCAACAGUAAAUGCUAACAAACAGGGACAGAAGCUUGAACUUUUGGGUCGUUGAGUCCCAAUCUGGCUGAUUCAAACUUCACAAAAGGAGUCUUUUUUAAUUUUUCGUCAGUGGUGGAAGAAGGCAUUUAUUUGUACAUUCUUCUGACUCUUUUCUUUGAGCUUCCAUCAUCUCUUUGCUUUCCAUUUAGGUGGUUUACAUGCAUGUCUCUGAUUAUGCUUUUCACCCUGUUUUUCCUUUUUCUCCUUGCAAACCCUUAAUGGGUGACGAUGAUUGUACAGGAGCUUGGUUGUUGUUUAGACAGAAUGUACUUUUGCUAGAAGCUUUUUCAGCUCUUUUGCAGCGCACCAGAAUGGUGUCCAGCAUUUCAGGCAAAACACAAGGUUUACAGUUUCCUUUCUUUU